AUGGACCCCCUACGGCCAGUGUGCUUGCCCGUUUGGCAUCCCGACAGGAGACCAUGGCAGAAGACACCGACAGGAAACCCCGACAAGAACCCCCGACAGGAGACCCCGACAGAAGCCCCAUACAGAGCCCCGAAAGAAGCCCCCGACAGGAACCCCAGACAGGAAACCCCGACAGGAACCCCAGACAGUAACCCCCGACAGGAACCCCCGACAGGAGACCCCGACAGAAGCCCCAUACAGGAGCCCCCGACAGGAACCCCCGACAGGAGAGCUCGACAGAGACUCCGAGAGGAGACCCUGCACCCAGUUACAACGUCCUCGCCAUCGUCAUUCGGUCCCCGUGUAAUGCUAGCGCAGCCCGUUAUAUCUGGCGCGGGGGAAUCCCUCCGCUACAAGUGUGGAGAACGGAGGAGCUCUAACCUACUUAAAGACAGCAAGGCAACCCGGGCCUCCUCAGCCAUAGAACAUGUUAAACUAAUUCCUGAAGUCUCAUCAUCAAACUCAAAACCUAGAAUAUUUUUAAGAAUUACAAAAUUAUAUACUUACAACAUUGUCGACACCACCAACUGCACCAAGACAAAGUCCAGAACUUCAAUGCGGCACUGUCAUGUCUCAGAAGGGCACAUUUACUGUCCCUUUGUAUUCACUCUCACUGGACUGCACAAUUCCAUGAUGCUUAUGUUUUACAUGGUUCCUCUCUCUUAA